CAUGGCGUCGUGUCUCUGCUCUCUCAGUAACAGAAAGUGGCCGCCUCUCCGCUGUUGCUGCCGACUCAAAGCUCACGGACUCGCUCGGCGUCUCAAACCGCCAUUUUGGAGUCAGAGAACCGAGAGUCGGCAGCAGCGACGAGAGAGACUGAAAGGCGGACACGGGGCCGAGGCUUGUCAUCUUGAUCAUUAGUGUUGGAAUCGAAAAUCAAUGCCAUCCAUUAUUGAGAAGUAAAAGGUCCUGCCCUGCUGGGCAGAGGUGGUCUGUGGUGUAUGGCGUCAGGGCAGGGUGGCCAGCUGGAGGUUGGGGUAUCAGGGGCCUCCAGCCUAGCCAAACCUCUCUACCUACAGCGCUUAGAAAGAUCCCUGAAGUUGGACAGUUUUUUGCGUCAAACCGCUGCUAUCUUCAACAGAGACAUAACCAGUGAUGAUAGCGAUGACAGCGAGGGUGGACUGGAGCCAGGGAUAUCCCUGGAUGCCACCACUCAUGAUACGGCUUUGACAAUAAAGAAUGAGUCGUGUGAUCAAGGAGAUGGAUUGGCAGAUGGCAAGCCGCUUAAUGGAGUACUUCUGCAAGGUAAAGACCAAAAGGCAAAUAAAACAAGCCUUUACAAUUUUUCUAAGCUGAAGAAGAACAGGAAAUGGCUGAAGAGUAUCUUGUUGAGUGAUGACACCACAGACUCAGAUACAGACUCAGAUGACGCUAACUUCAGCAUGUCUCGGGAAGAACUACAUGACAUGCUGAGGCUCCAUCGUUACACGAGGCAGCAUCAGAGCAACUUCUACUCUGACCGGGAGCUUCACCAAUAUCAGUACUACAGCACGGGACUCUUAUCUACUCAUGAUCCCUUCUAUGAGCAACAACGCCAUCUGCUGGGUCCAAAGAAAAAGAAAAUCAAAGAUGAAAAGAAAUUUAAGGCCAAACUAAAAAAAGUAAAGAAGAAGAAGAAACGGGGAGAGGGAGAAUUUGUGGAUGAGGAGCGUCCCUUCGUCACCAAAAUAUUUGCUAAGUUUUCCCAUGAUGCUCCGCUGCCCAUGGUGAAGAAAAAACAUCUCACCGUCGAGCAGCUGAAUGCUCGCCGACGCAAAGUCUGGCUCACCAUUGCCAAAAAAGAAAUCCCCAAGUCCUUCAAGCAGAAGACUUCUGCUAAGAAUCUGGUAUUAACCAAUGCAAAAAAGCUGGCUCACCAGUGCAUGCGAGAGGUCCGGCGUGCAGCUAUUCAGGCUCAGAAGAACUGUAAAGAAACAUUACCCCGUGCCCGGCGUCUUACCAAGGAGAUGAUGCUCUACUGGAAAAAAUAUGACAAGGUGGAAAAGGAGCACAGAAAGAGAGCCGAGAAGGAAGCCCUGGAGCAACGUAAACUUGAUGAAGAAAUGAGAGAGGCCAAGCGUCAGCAGCGCAAACUGAAUUUUCUCAUUACCCAGACGGAGCUGUAUGCUCAUUUUAUGAGUGGUAAAGCUAGCGUGGGGGCUCCAGGUGCAGAUGCAGCACAGGAGGAAAUUCUAAGAAAACUUGAAGACACUGCAGCCCAGAGACAGAUAGACAUUGGAGGAGGAGUAAUGGUCAACAUGGGACAAGAGGACUAUGAUAGCGAAUACUACAAAUCCCAGGCCUUGAGGAAUGCCCAAGAGGCCUACCAGAUUCAUCAGGAGAGAACGCGAAUGUUCGAUGAAGAGGCUAAAGACAGUCGCAGUGCGUCCCUGCAUGCAGCUGGCAGCUUGUCCACAGGAGCCGGCUCUGGGUUUGGAGAAAGCUACAGCCUUUCAAACCCAUCCAUCCGCGCAGAUGAAGACAUUCCUCAACCCACCAUCUUCAACGGAAAACUCAAGGGCUACCAACUCAAAGGCAUGAACUGGCUGGCUAACCUUUAUGAACAGGGAAUCAAUGGAAUCUUGGCAGAUGAAAUGGGACUGGGAAAGACAGUUCAGAGUAUCGCUUUGUUGGCACACUUAGCAGAGAGAGAUAACAUCUGGGGUCCAUUCCUGAUCAUCUCUCCAGCGUCUACACUCAACAACUGGCAUCAGGAGUUCACCCGCUUUGUGCCAAAAUUCAAGGUGUUACCGUACUGGGGAAAUCCUCACGAUCGGAAAGUGAUUCGGAAAUUUUGGAGCCAGAAAACCCUUUACACGCAAAAUGCACCAUUCCACGUGGUCAUCACGAGCUACCAGCUGGUGGUCCAAGAUGUCAAGUACUUUCAGAGGGUCAAGUGGCAGUACAUGGUUCUAGAUGAAGCCCAGGCACUGAAAAGCAGCACAAGCGUUCGGUGGAAAAUCCUCCUGCAGUUCCAGUGUCGGAACAGACUUCUGCUAACCGGGACGCCCAUUCAGAACACAAUGGCUGAGCUGUGGGCCCUGCUGCAUUUCAUCAUGCCUACGUUGUUCGAUUCCCAUGAAGAGUUUAACGAGUGGUUCUCCAAGGACAUAGAGAGCCAUGCUGAAAACAAGUCUGCCAUCGAUGAGAACCAACUGUCCAGAUUGCAUAUGAUCCUGAAGCCUUUUAUGCUGCGCAGAAUCAAGAAGGAUGUGGAAAAUGAACUCUCAGACAAGAUUGAGAUCCUGACCUACUGUCAGCUGACCUCCCGGCAAAGGUUGCUCUACCAGGCUCUGAGAAACAAGAUCUCUAUCGAGGAUCUGCUGCAGUCCUCGAUGGGCACGGCCCAGCAGGCUCACAGCACCACCUCCUCCCUCAUGAAUCUGGUCAUGCAGUUUAGAAAGCUCUGCAACCACCCUGACUUGUUUGAGCGUCAGGAGACCCGCUCACCUUUCCACAUGUCCCUCAAGCCCUACGUCAUGUGCAAGUUCCUCUACCGUCAUGGCCUCAUUCACACGGACAAUCAGACCAGGAAAAAAUUACUUCAAGUGCUGCUGUCUCCCUUCUCCCCGAAUCACAUACAGCAGUCUCUCUUUCACAGGAAAGGUGAUGACAAAGGAAGCUGUUUCUCCUUCUUGCGUUUCAUUGACGUGUCACCAGCUGAAUUGUCCAAUCUUAUCCUCCAAGGCACCUUAGUAAGGUGGUUAGCCCUUUUUCUGUCUCUGAAAGCUGCAUACCGGCUCCAUCAUCAGCGCCUGUUCGACCUUGAAGAACAGGGCCAGGAGGAAGCCGGAGACGGGGAGGCUUGCAGAGGAAAGUUACAGCCAGGGAUUAAGUGUCUGUCUCGCAAGGACCUGAUUCUGUGGCUGAACCGACCCAUUUCCUUCCCCAACAUGCACAACAGUCCUGUUUUGCAGGAUUUGGUGUUCACGGCCUCCAGGCCCGGCGUGGUGGGGCACACAGAUGUGAAGGUCCACUGCAGAAAAUUGGGCACCUUUACAAUCCAAUCCUGCCAGCCCACGCUGCCACCUAAGUUCCUGCUAGCCGCCACACCCAGGGUGACAGCAGUACCCAUGGAGCGCUAUUGUAACGACCGCAGUGCUGAAUACGAGUGGCAGGUGACACGCAGCGGAGGAGGCACGAUCUUUAAACAGUGUUUCCUGUACGGCUCUCCUGAACUGGCAUCAGAAUGGCGUGUGAGGGCUAAUGCCUUUCACCCACAAUGCCCUGGGGGUGUGAUGGCCCUCUAUCCCCGCCAUGGAUGGUCCUUUAUACGGAUACCUGAUAAGGAAAGCCUGAUUACAGAAAGUGGAAAGCUCCACACCUUGGAUAUCCUGUUGAGUCGACUAAAGGCUCAGGGACACAGAGUCCUCAUCUACUCUCAGAUGACUCGCAUGAUAGACCUGCUUGAGGAGUACAUGGUUUAUCGCAAGCACACCUACAUGCGCCUCGAUGGAUCCUCCAAGAUUUCUGAGCGCAGGGAUAUGGUGGCUGACUUCCAGAGUCGAACGGAUAUCUUUGUCUUUCUGCUGAGCACACGGGCCGGAGGGCUUGGCAUUAACCUGACUGCUGCUGACACUGUUAUCUUCUAUGACAGUGACUGGAACCCCACAGUGGACCAACAGGCCAUGGACAGGGCUCACAGGCUGGGUCAGACCAAACAGGUCACCGUCUAUCGCCUCAUCUGUCAGGGCACCAUCGAGGAGAGGAUACUGCAGCGGGCCAAGGAAAAGAGCGAGAUCCAAAGGGUAGUGAUCUCUGGAGGCAACUUCAAGCCAGACACGCUCAAACCCAAAGAGGUGGUCAGCCUGCUUUUGGACGAUGACGAGCUGGAGAAGAAAUUGCGCCAAAGGCAAGAGGAGAAGAGGCAGCAAGAGGAGAGCAGCAAGGUGAAGGAGCGCAAGAGGAAGAGGGAGAAGUAUGCUGAGAAGAAGAAGAACGAGGAGCUGGAGAACAAGAGGAAAAAGGAAGUGAACCUGGUCAUUUCCCACGCCCCCUCAGCAGACAACUCUAACUUGUCGGCAGAUGGAGACGACUCGUUCAUCAGCGUCGAGAUGGACUCGGCCAUGCCCAGUCCUUUCAGCGAGAUCUCCUUAAGUAGCGAGCUCCAGCCCGGCUCAUUACCUCCUGAUGCCGACGCGGAUGAGAGCAGCAGCGACAUGCUCGUCAUCGUGGAUGAUCCGCUUUCUUCCGCGCCUCAGUCUCGUGCCACCAACUCACCCGCCUCUGUGUCUGGAUCAGUCUCUGACAAUAUGAAUGGUGUUUCAGCCUCGGACACAAUCAGUCCAGGCAGAGGCAGGUCCGGGCGGAGUCGUGGGCGGCCUAAAGGCUCUGGAGGCGGUGCCAAGACUGGAGGGAAAGGACGCGGGCGUAAGUCAACUGCAGGUAGUGCAGCAGCAAUGGCAGGAGCGAUGGCAGGCGCGGCAGCUGCUUCGGCAGCAGCUUAUGCUGCUUAUGGCUACAGUGUUUCGAAAGCGGGCCUCUCUGCAUCCAGCCCUCUGCAGACCUCCCUGGGCCGGUCUGGUACCAGUCCUGCCUUUAGCCUCAGCAGAAGCUCCUCCCCCCAGACCAAAGGAGGCACCUCCACGCCGAGCCCCCACAAACAGCUGGCCCACAGCCACCACCACAGCAGCCACGGAGCAGUCAGGAAAGGAAAGGGUCCUGGCGGUCCUGGGGCUCGAUGAUACAUGUGUACGCGUAUUUGUAUUAAUAUGCCCUGACAGAUAACUGACCUGCUCUUCACUGUGAUUCCCAGAGAUACCCCCCGCCCCCUCCCCGCCCACCUAAACUAAUAAACAAGAGUAUUUAUAGUAACUGAGGCUCACUACCUGGAGGACCACGCUCUCCCUUCUGGCUCAGCAACUAAAUAGAAGCUAGAGUAACCACAACAAUUUAAAG